GGAGUUUUGAUUACGUUAUCUUUCCUUUGGUAAACACAGGAAUGAGUUCCAGUUUCCUGUUGGCAAUGGCUACUAUCAACUCUGAUCUGAACAUCACCACCAGCACAGGGCGAAAAAAUGUCUCUUGUUGGUGGUGUUAUGAAGGUCAUCCCAGUUGUGACCUCAGAUAAAAUCCACAUUUCUAGUGACAGUCCUGUUCAACUUGUUUACUUCAGACAUGACAACGGAGGGAGUUUUUCAGCGCUAACCGUACUGCCCUCUGUAGAAGAUAUCUGCCAGACUGUACCUAUGUUUGAUUCAGGUGACAUGAGUGAGCAGGAAGAUAACAGUGCUCACACAGGAGAUUUAAAGUCUGGUGUUAAAUUCUCCCGGAGGGGCAACUAUACUUGGCUGCCUGAUAAUGCAGAGCUUACUCCUCCUCAAACACACACAGAUGUGGAACACUAUCUGAACUAUCUGAGUGCCAUGAACAGACUGCAAACAGCAGUGUGCGGGAAACCUGCAUCUUCUUGUGACGAGUUACGCUGUGGUCACAAACGGAAGUGUCUUAUCAAAGAUGGCAAACCAUUCUGUUCUUUGAAAACUAAAAUAUGUGCUGUUUGGGGUGACUCUUAUUACCGCAUGUUUGAUGGAAGACAUUUUGUUCUACAGGGAAACUGUAACUACACUUUAGUACAGACUACCUGUGCAGGCUUAAAUGCUUCAAUUCCACUGCAGAUUAAUGUAAACAGAGCAUAUCUGAACAGUGCCACUGUCUCCACCAUCCACACCGUGCAGAUAGGCAUUCAGGGCUUUAAUAUCUCCGUUGUUAAAGGAGAAAAAAAUUUUGUUAGGAUUGAUGGACAGAAGAGGAACCUGACCCUGGGAAAUGGUUCCAUAAACCUUUAUCCAAGUGGGUCCAGUGUUGUCUUGGACACUAACUUUGGCCUAGCUCUGCAGUACGACGGGAAACAACAUCUUCAGGUUGAAGUUGGCCCAGAGUUGUAUGGGGUCCUGUGUGGCUUGUGUGGAAACACUAAUCACAGCUCUUCAGAUGGCGUCAUUGCCUCUAAUAGCACUGAUGAGGCCCAGACAGUGGAUUUUAGUCUCCAGUGGGUGGUGAGCAGUGAUGGAGGCUUCUGUUUUGAGGAUUGUGGUGGUGGUGUCUCAUGUCCAGUGUGCACUCAAAGCCAAACCAAAUCUUUUCCUGACAAAGGCAACUCCUUCAGGAUUGGGUGCAGUCUACUACAGAGAAGUGGUGGACCUUUUGCAGAUUGUCAUUCAUACAUUGAUCCUGAACCAUUUGUUAGUAGUUGUGUAAACAGCCUUCGUGUCAGUGGAGCUUCCUCUUCUGUGUGCAAGGUCUUACCGGCCUAUGCUAACACCUGCCAGAGGCUUGGUGCCAGAGUCCAAAACUGGAGAACCAUCACUAAGUGCUCUAUGGCAUGUGCUAUGAACAGCCACUAUGAGGCCUGUGGUUCUGCCUGUCCUGCUACCUGUGGUAACCCAGAGGCCCAUCGUAAUUGCACACUUCCCUGUGUGGAAUCAUGCCAGUGCAACAGGGGGUAUCUACUGAGUGGUGAGAAGUGCGUACCACAUAGCAAGUGUGGUUGUCUUCACCAAGGUUCCUACUAUCUCCCCAAGGAGAACUUCUGGGUCAACGAGCAGUGCCAGGAAAAAUGUGUCUGCCAGCCUAACUCCAAGAAGAUUAUGUGUGCUCAGUCUCGUUGUCGGAUAGGGGAAGUGUGCAAGGUUCUGAAUGGAGUCCUGGGCUGUCACUGGAAUGGCCCCGGCAUUUGCAUAGCCAAAGGAGAUUUUCACUAUACCACCUUUGAUGGACUUAACUUUGAUGUCUAUGGCAACUGUAGUUACCUACUCACGUCUCACUGUCCCACCUUGGGGGACUUGGAAGACUUUCAUGUGGAGGUGCAGCAUCAGAUGAGAGUUGCUACCAGUGUUUCCUUUCGGCAUGUUAAAAUUGUGGUUUCUGGUUAUUACAUUGAGAUAGAUGACUGGAGCAACAGGGCUGUGGUAAAUGGUCUGCUUCUGCGUCUUCCAUCGGUGUUGAGCCAAGGCAAAAUAAAGCUCUACAUGACUGGACUCUCGAAGCGCAUAGAGACAGACUUUGGCAUUGUUGUGACAUACAGCCCCGAUGCCCUGACCGUCCAAAUGCCAAGGAUCUUCUCUGGUAAUCUCUGUGGCUUGUGUGGGAACUUUAAUGCUAACCCAGAAGAUGAUCUGAUGCCUGAUGACGAAUCGGAUAUCAUUCAGGCCAUUAGAUACUGGAAAACAAGCAGUGAACACAAAUGUGUGGAUAUGCCUACGAACGCCUCAGGUUGCAAUUUACAAGAUAUGGCUCUUUAUCAGGGAAAAGAUUUCUGUGGAAGGUUACUAGAUACAGAGGGAGCGUUCCAGAGCUGCCAUAAAACAGUUGAUCCCCAAGAUUUCUAUGACAAUUGUGUUCAUCAUCUCUGUUAUGGUAACCAGAUGACCCUGUGUCAAAUUCUGUCCAGCUAUGUUGCUGUAUGUCAAGAAAUGGGAGCUAUGGUGGAUGAAUGGAGAACUUCCAACUUUUGUAGUCUCUCCUGUCCACCUAACAGUGAAUACCACCUUUGCUCUAGUCACAUGUCUGACUGUGUAGAAAAUCCAAAUCCUCUAGCAGGGAAAUGCAAGGAGGGCUGUUUUUGCAGACCUGGGUUUUUCCACAGUGGUGGCAAUUGUUUGUCAGAGUCUGAGUGUGGUUGCAUUUACAGUGGUGUUUACCAUGAAAUCCAUGAGAGCUUCUACCCCGAUGAGCACUGUCAGCUGCACUGUGUCUGUGUGGGCCACAACGCAGUACAAUGCACCAACCACACAUGUCCAAAUGGAACAAAAUGUGCCAUCCAAGAUGGUCACAGGGCAUGCCGUGCAUCACAGCCUGUUAAAUGCACUGUCAUGGGUGGUAGACACUUCAGGAGCUAUGAUGGACGUAACUUUGACUUUAAUAUGGGGAACUGCCGUUAUGUUCUAUCACAGGUUUGUGAUGAAGAAGAAUCUAACCCCGUUGUUAUCAUCCAGCAAGGACAGCUGUACCUCAGGGUCCAUGGAAUGAACAUGUCGUUAGAGAUGGAGCAUUUGGGAAAAGCAAAGGUUGAUGGUGCUCUGUGGAGUCUUCCUGUCCAACUGGAUCAUGUAGCAAUACUCCGCUCUGGCUUGCUGACUCGUGUUGUUGUAGACUCAGGGGUAGUUGUGAGCUAUGGAGGGCCUAAUUUGAUCCAAGUAGUGAUUCCUGCCUCCCAUGGGAAAAUGUGUGGCUUGUGUGGAAGCAUCAGUGCUGGUGCUACAGACGGCAAACUGAGUCCAAAUGGCAGCCUUGCAAGUGAUGUUUCUAUAUUUGCGUCUUCCUGGUCGCUUUCACCACCUGGAAUGAACUGCUCUGAAGAAUGUGGUCUCUGUUCAGCGUGCAACUCUACCAGGGCAGCUGAAUUUGCAUCUGAUGACAUCUGUGGCACGCUGCUUUCUCCUGCAGGAUCAUUUAGUGGAUGUCACUCCACUGUGGACCCAGAGCCCUUCUUUGAGAACUGUGUGAAUGACUUGUGUAUGUCUAAUGGGAAUGAAGAAUUGUUUUUCAAUAGUUUGAGAGAAUACGCUUUUGCGUGCCAGGGGGCAGGAGCUGAAGUCAAACCAUGGAGGAGUGAGAAGUGCUUGCUCUCAUGCCCUGAAAAUUCUCACUACAGUAUAUGUGUUGGUGCGUGCCCUGAGUCCUGUGGUAUUUUAUCUGAUAUCCACUGCCCAUGGCCCUGUUAUGAGGGAUGUCAGUGCGACCCUGGAUACAUGCAGACUGGAAAUGGCUGUAUCAAAGCUGAGCAAUGUGGUUGCUUCUACCAUGGGCACUACUUUGAGAUUGGGGAGAUAUUGUGGGCUGAGGGAUGCUCUGAGCGGUGUAACUGCUCUGCUAAUGCCACCAUGUGCUGUGAGACAGCCUCAUGCCCUGAGGGAGAGAGCUGCACCCUUAACAGUACCUGGGGCUGUGCAAGGAAAGCUGGUGAUUAUAAAAUCUGUGAGAAUGGCGAGACUUGUGGUGACCAGUGCCAACCUCAGCAAACCCAGUGUUGGGUUCUGGGAGGUGCCCACUUCUACACUUUUGAUGGGAAGGCGUUUGAAUUUCAAGGAAACUGUACCUACACUCUCAUCCACAUACUAAGUGACACCAGUGAGAAUAAUACAGUUUGGGUUGGAGUACAGAGAGACAGGACACCCUAUGGGGCUUCCUCUCUUAAAGCUAUUCAUGCCAAAGUGGCUAAAGACAAUAUUAGUAUCUACAGAGGGGAAAAAGGCUAUGCCAGGAUAAAUGGUGAAAAAAAGCUUUUGCCUGUGACUCUACAGUUUGGACAGACAAGGAUCUAUCAGAGUGGCAUGUUUGUUGUUGUGGAUACUAAUCUGGGCAUCCAAAUUAAAUAUGACUGCUCUCAUAUUGCCACCAUCCUCCUCUUUAAUACAACCAAAGUCCAUGGUAUGUGUGGGAAUAACAAUGGCAUCAAAGAUGAUGACCUCAGGACCCCACAGGGUGAGGCAGCUGAUGCUACCACCUUUGGCUGGAGUUGGAGAGUUCUUGAUCAGGAAGCUCAGUGCACAGCAGAUUGUGGAGAUGCAUGCCCCCACUGCUCUGCUGAUCAGCUACAGGAGAAAAAUAUUGCCAGUCAGUGGAUCUCUCUGCAUCAGUACAUUUGGUCACCACAAAAUCCUUUCAGUCUGUGCUGGAAAGUUGUAGACUACACUGAAGUCCCCACAGGGGUUGGCAUAUUUGACCUGUGCUCCAGUAAUGACACUCAGAAGGCCCUCUGCCUGAUCUUGGAGGCCUAUGCUGCUGCCUGCCAAAAUGCCCAGAUCCAGAUUGGAGAGUGGCGGAAUAGCACUUUCUGCCCCGUGUCCUGCCCACUGAAUAGCCAUUAUGAGACCUGUGGCACAGCCUGCCCUGCCACCUGUGAGGACCCGUUCAUUUCAAGCCUCUGCUCCCUGGCUUGUGUGGAGUGCUGCCAGUGCGACUCAGGGUUUGUCCGAGAUGGUGACACCUGUGUCCCCUUGUCCCAGUGUGGCUGCACUCACAACGGCUACAGUUACCACAGCAACCAGACCUUCUGGGCUGAUGACGGAUGCACUGAGCAGUGCAUUUGUGACCCCCACACCCACCAGACGCAGUGCCAUUUGGAUUCAUGUGGCCCUGAUGAAUACUGCAGUCUUCAAGAUGGAGUCAGAAGCUGUGUGCCGAUUCCCCAGCAGACAUGCAUGUACACCAGACAUCACGUGUUCACCUUUGACCACCAUGACUAUGAUUUGCGUGGCACCUGUCAGUACCAGUUACUGGGCAUAUGUGAAAAGAAACAAGGACUUGAUGCCAUUCAGGUUCAUGUACAGACACAGGGACACCUAGAGUCAGAACUUCAUGUCCUGAUCAAUGUGAGUGGUGUGCUUGUGGAGCUGAACAGCAAAAACACUGAGAACAUUGAGAUCUGUCCUGUCCCUCCAGUACCAGUUACAACUCAAAUGCCUCUGAACACUGGGGAGAACUGCCUCUGUGAAGCAGGGUUAGUUCACAGUGGCAACCUCUGUGUCUAUCCAGAAAACUGUGGCUGCUUUCACCAUGGAGAGUACCUCAGGGCAGGACAGGAGGUGUCUUCAUGCGAACGAAGCUGUUUAUGUCAUGCUGGGGGACACAUGACUUGUCAUAAUAUCUCCUGUGGAGAGGAUGAGGAGUGUAAGCUUAUUAGGGGUGUUCAAGGUUGCCACCCCAAACCCAAAGUGGCACACUGCUCUGUUGAUGGAUCCCAGUACACCACGUUUGAUGGACAGGCAUUUGAAUUUCACGGUUCAUGUAACUACACUCUGGUGCAGACGUGCUCUCUCAAGAAACUGGAUGUGGAGCCUAUUUUGAUUGCUGCACAGGGCAACCGCAGUGAGGGCAGACAAAUCUACCUGCGAGUCAAUAAAUUGUAUUUUAAGACAUCAACAGCUUUUCCUGGAAAAAUUCAGGUUAAUGGAGUUUAUGAGAAUCUGCCAUUCUCCCAGAACAACGUUACUGUACAUCAGAAAAAUGGAUGGAUAGUCAUCAAGACCCCACAGUCAGUUGAGCUCAUUUCAGACCUACAAAACCACAUUCUGGUCAAGAUCCCUGACAUUUACCACCACUCUAUCUGUGGCCUUUGUGGGAACUACAAUGAUAAUCCCUUAGAUGACCUGCAGCUGCCCAAUGGCACCAUGAUCUCUAAUCUUGACAUCUUUGGGGCAUCAUGGAAAUUGUUGGAUUUUGAAUCAUCCUGCAGUGACACAUGUGGCGGCAGCUGUCAACUCUGCCAGUCCCCUGUGCCAGAGUACACCUCUGACCUGUACUGUGGCCUCCUCACCCACCCAAGGGGACCAUUCUCCUCUUGUCAGCAUUUAGUGUGCCCACAGAAAUACUAUUCAAUCUGCAUGAAAAACCUUUGUAUUGCAAAGGGGCAGCGCUGGGCCCUGUGUGACGCACUGUGGGCCUAUGAGGCAGCAUGUAAGGAAGCAGGAGGGACGACUGACAUCUGGACAAACACAGCAGGCUGCGCUUAUCAGUGUCCUCAGUUCAGCCACUACAGCCAGUGUGCCAAUGCUUGCUCCUCAUUGUGUCCUGAGAUAAUCCAGGCAGUGCAGUGCCCCAGUGACUGUGAGGAAGGUUGCCAGUGUGAUACUGAAUACCUUUAUGAUGGCCAUGUCUGUGUACUGGCAGAGCAGUGUGGCUGUGUACAGGAUGGGAGGAAGUUUAAGGCCUCUGAGAGCAAACUCCUCCAAAACUGUACUGUUAACUGCACCUGUGGGCCUCCUCUUGUCUGUGAGCAAUACUCAUGUCCUCCACUGCACAGUUGUAUAGUUUUAGAUGGAAUCAUGGGCUGCCACAGGGAUGCAGAGCAAAUCCCAGAUCUGUGUGAGGGAAUAUGUGAUGAAACGGAGAAAUGCUCUCUGAUCAAUGGUGUGCCUGUCUGUGAGAGCCGUCAGGGUCUGUGUUGGACCUGGGGAAGGCAGCACUACCAUACCUUUGAUGGGCUCAGCUAUGACUUUGAGGGAACCUGUACUUAUCUGCUCGCAGCCAGCAAAGGGCUACCAUGUGGUCUGACACCCUUUAGUGUGUCCAAGAAGAAUGACUGCAAAGGCAGCAGAGCUGCAUCAUCCACACAGGUGGUGACUGUACAAGCUUAUGGGUUCAACAUCAAGCUCGGUAGUGAAAAGGGCAGCAUACGUGUUAAUGGUCAGGUGGCUUACAUUCCUGUUAAUCUAUUGCGGGGUAAGAUCCAGGUCUCUUACAAGGGAGGCAAAACACUAUUGAAAACUGACUUUGGUAUGCAUGUAGUCUUUGACUGGAACUCCACAGUUGUUGUUAAACUGGACCCGCACUACAAGGGCAAAGUGUAUGGGCUUUGUGGCAAUUUUAACGGUGAUCUUGAAGAUGAGUAUCCUGUAACUACACCAGGCUCCCUUCCCAUUAAGACAAGUGUGGAGUCUGCUCAGGCUUACCAGCUCUUUGAUGGGGACCACAACUGUUCCACUGGUUGUAAGCAGACAAUGGAUGAAUUAACCUCACUCGCAGAUCCUGUGUCUGACGUCUCUAGUCAGAGGAAACGGUGUGCAGUGCUCAUGGAUCAGGAUGGUCCUUGGACCCACUGUCAUAGUCAUGUCAAUCCAGACUCCUUCUAUGAAUGUUGUAUAGUUGACAACAUGCAUAAUGGAUUGUCAAAAGUGUCUCUUGACCAGGCCAUAAAUUCAUAUUCCACAGUUUGUGAAGAAUCCGUGAAUAGCUACUAUGAUGAAGUGACUGUUGAUGUGCGCUGUCCUCCAAACAGCCACUACAAGACCUGCGGCUCAGCCUGUCCUCCAUCCUGUGAAUUUAAUGCCACCGUCUGUAUUAAGGUCUGUGUUCAGGGCUGUUUCUGUAAUCCUGGUUUCAUCAGGAGUCCAGAAGGCUGUGUGCGUCCACAUCAAUGUGGCUGCACAGACUCCAGAGGCAAAUACCACAGCCUCAACUCAACUUUCUGGAUCCCUGACAACUGUGGUCAGCUGUGUACUUGUGGACCAGCUGCUGGAGAGGUCCACUGCCGUCCAGACCAGUGCCCUGGAGGAAUGGUUUGCAAGCAGCUACAUCAUCACAAGAGGGUGUGUCAACCUGAAAAACCUCAGAACUGUACCAUCAUUACUGGGCUGCAUUUUACGAGCUUUGAUGGACAUCAUUUUGACUUCAGAGACAGUUGUGCUUAUUCAUUAGUUCAAACUCAUUCCAACCUAACUGGAUUAACACCGUUCAAUAUCACUAUCUCUGAUGCAAGUUGUCACAAAAGGCUUUUUCAUAGCCUUACUUUAACACUCUCAAUCUAUGGUUUGGAAGUGGUGGUAACAAAAGAUGACCCACAAAAGGUUUUGGUGAGUACUCUGCAAGGUCUUAUUGACAUACUUAAAAAUGGGCCACUACAUGCAACCCUGACAAUCAUGUGUUUUGUUCCUUUUCAUUCUCAGGUUGAUAGACUGUAUAAGCCCUUACCAUACUCUCACCAGACAGGCCACAUAAAUGCGUUCCGCACACCUUCAUCGAUCACCAUCCAUACUGAUGUUGGAUUACAGCUGAUCUUCUAUAACAGUGGUACUCUAAUGGUUAUCCUCCCCAGCAGUUAUGGCUCUUCUGUCUCUGGGCUUUGUGGGAAUGCCAACACUGAUCCUCAUGAUGACCAAAUGAUGUCCAAUGCGGAGCUUGCCCAGAAUACACUAGCCUUUGCCCACAGCUGGAGGUCUCAGGGAGCGGAGGCCUGUAUCUCCAACUGUUCCUCCACACUGAAACAUUGUCGUGUUGAAGCCAAGAAGCUUUUUGAAGGCAGUGAUUUUUGUGGGGUGUUGUUGAAUGAGCUGGGGCCAUUUGCAGACUGUGGCUCAGUGUUGGAUCCCAAGCCUUACUUCCACAGCUGUGUAGCAGACUCCUGCUCUUUUGACGGACACUAUUCGGCACUCUGCAAUUCCAUUGCAUCUUAUGCUGCUGCUUGCCAAGCAGCUCAGCUGCCUGUCAGACAGUGGCGGAGUGACACUUUCUGUGGUAUGACAUGUCCUAAGAAUAGCCACUAUGAGCUAUGCGGUCCUCGGUGUCCUGUUGUGUGUGCUGACCUGUCCUCACCAGCAAACUGUAGCGGAGGUUGUGAGGAGGGCUGCCAAUGUGACCCUGGCUAUGUUCUGAGCAAUGACCAGUGUGUGCUGAUUUCUGAGUGCGGCUGCAUGCACGAGGGACAGUAUCACCCUGCUGGCCACUUCUACUCUCAGAAAACCUGCCAAAAGUGCAACUGUAAAAGAGGUGCAGUGGCGUGCAUCCCCAUGGAAAGCUGUUCUGUGAAGGAGGGCCUCAUCUUGCAGUACGGGGUGUGCCAAGUGUUUGCUGGCUUUGGCUACAUCACUUUUGACGGUGUUGUUCUGCCUCACCAUGGCGCUUGUACCUAUGUAGUGUCAGCCCUCUCCUCUAAAGUCCUACACGACUAUUCUUUGCUGCUUAGCUUUAAAAAAGACAGAAAUGGCAUUUUCACAAUCCACAGACUAGUAUUUCAUUUGUCUUCAUUUGAAGUGUCUGUUGACCCCAAAACUCUGUGGAAAAUACAAGUAAAUGGAGAAGAACGCAGCGUACCUUUUGACUAUGGAGAAUUUAAAGCAUACCAAGCUGGCAACAGACUGAUUAUCAUCACAUCAUCUGGGGUGGGAGUUGACUUGUCCUCCACCCAAUACCUCAGGUUAACUGUACCACAGGUAUAUGAUGCCACAGCUUCAGGCCUCUGUGGGAACUUCAAUGGGGACGAGUAUGACGACUUGGAACUCAGAAACGGUCAUCUUACUGAAAGCUUUGCAGAGCUCCUGCACAGCUGGGCAGUAGAAUCUCCUGGACAACCUUGCACUGACACUUGUGGGAGGGAGUGUGAUGAGUGCAGCCUGUCCCCUCUCGAAAGCAUGCUCUGUGAUGUCUUGUUGGACAGUAGUAUUGAGUUUAGCCGUUGCUGGAACAGUGGUGUGGAGCGUAAUAUUUACACAGUUAUGUGCAUUAGGGCUGUUUGUGCUGGGGCAGGACACAUGGCGGCUUGUCUGGCACUGGAGGCAUAUUCUGCAGCCUGCCAGGCGAAAGGAAUAUCAGUGGGGCCAUGGAGAGAGAACACUCCAUGCUCUCUCCAGUGUCCUGACCACAGCAGCCCAAGGGAGUGUGUUGACUCCAGCUCCAACUCAUGCCCUGCUCUGCUCCAGCCUGGUUCUUCGGCAGCUGGCUGCUCAGAAGGCUGCCAGUGCAGCUAUGGAAAUGUAUUUGAUGGGAAUAAGUGCGUACCUUACAGUCAGUGUGGAUGUGUUCUCCGUGAUAUAUAUAUCAGGAUGGAUGAGCAACUAUACACUGAGGGCUGCACCCAGAUAUGCUGGUGCCACACUUUGGGUGGGGUGAUAUGUGAGGAGGCAAGCUGCGACUCAGGGCAGCAGUGUGCUCUGAGGAAUGGUUCCUGGGGCUGUCAUGAGAGACCUGAAGUUUGUAAACUCUUAGGCAGCCUCCAGGUCUCCACACUCAGUGGGCAGAAGCUGAGCUUGGAACCAGAGCUAUCUUACAGCCUGAUGUCACACUGUGAUGAGGCCAGUGAGCAGUGGUUCAGCCUGGUCUCUUACCAUGGAUCUUGCCAUAGCAGCUCUUCCAGGCUCAUCACUGUGUUUCAGGUCCUUCUGCAUGGACUAACAAUUGCCAUACAGGAAGGCAUGGUGAAGGUGAAUGGACCUUUUGUUUUCCUACCCUACACUUCGUCAUCAGGGGUGUCCCUGUCAUCUGGUGUGAACCAGGACAAGUCAGAGGUCAUAGUGAUCUUCAGGAGAGACACUGGCAUGGAGUCUGAGUUGGAGAUAGAGAUUGGUGUUACCAUGGUGACAGUCAGGGUCCCUCUGUGGUACUCAGGCAAAUUGUGUGGUCUCUGUGGAGACCUCAAUGACCUCCACUCACACAGUUCAGUCAAGUCGUGGGUUCUCCCUAACUUUCCUGCCAUGGGCACUCUGUUGCUGCUUUGUGCUCUGGGGGCUUCACUCAGCUGUCCAUCUAGUGCUGGAUGGGCAGGGAGGGAGUUUGCCCUGACAUUCAUACAGAAUUAUGCUCCGCAUUACGAUACUCCUCACUUUCAGCUCUACAUCACUGCUGUUCAAAACAAUGCUAAAGUGACGGUGGAAGUGCCGCCCUUAAAAUUUAAGCAAGAGAAAACUCUAAAAGUUGGAGAAGGGGUCACCAUCACUCUCCCUAAUGGUGUUGAGAUGUUUGGCAGUGUAAAGACCCCCAACACAGUGCGCAUUGAAGCCUCAGCAGAUGUGACUGUAACCUCCUUCAGCUACAAGCUGUACACAGCAGACACCUCUGUGGUAUAUCCCACCACCGACUGGGGUACAGAAUAUUUCAUCUUUACACCUGCAAAUUCUCCUUUUGGUUCCUAUAAAGAGUUUGCUGUGACAAAUGGAAAACAGAGCAACAAAGUGGAGAUUUUCCCGAAAGGUCCAAUCAACUUCCAGGGUCAGGUCUAUGGGAGUGGCAGCCACAUGGUAAUAGAUCUCCAACCAUAUGAGAGCGUCCAGCUCCAGAGCAUGUAUGAACUUUCCGGCACCAGAGUUGCCUCCCAGCACCCUGUUGCUGUUGUCACGGGUCACACUUGCACCUGGCGCUUCUCGAAAUGUAAUCAUGUUUACGAGCAGCUACUGCCAGUAAGCAGCUGGGGAUCCAGCUUCAUGUUGCCUCCCCUGAGCCUCCAGACGAAAUAUGACAGUGUUUACCUCCAGGCCUCCCAGCCCACCAAAGUCGCCGUCCAAUAUGGUAACCAUAAAGAUGUUUUGAGUUUGACCAGGGGGCAGAUGGUUGAGGUCCAGUAUCACGAUCCUGAAACACUGUUCAUUCAAGCUGAGCAUGGCAUCCAGGUGCUGUUCCUCUUCAACGGCAUCUCAUUUGGCUGGCUCCAGUACUAUGACCCUUUCUUGAUCACCAUCCUGUCCACGGACCGUUUCUGCUCCUCUUACUCAUUAGAGGGUCUAGAGGGCUUUGACAACCAAGCCCUGAUUGUGGCACAGACCAGUGCAAUUGCAGAGCUGCGUAUCGAUGGUACGAACCUGCCUCAUAAUGUCCAGUGGAAAAAUGUUGCGGGGACAGAUUUCUCUUGGGCAGAGAUGUCCUACAAACCAACCGCUGGAAGCAAUCGGCACACUGUGUCCAGCUCUGGUUCCCGCUUUGCUCUUUACAGUAUUGGAGUCAGCCAGAUGAAUGGUUAUGGUGCCCCGGCACAGUGUAUACAGCCAGGUGGAUCUUUGUCCUGCAGCAGUAUCACCUGCAGUGCCAAUGAGGUAUGUGAGAUGAAAGGAGGGUAUCCCUCCUGUGUCCCCAAGCCAGUGGAAAACAAACCUGGUACCUGCUGGGCCAUGGGAGAUCCUCACUACCGUACCUUCGAUGGGCGACACUAUGACUUCAUGGGUACCUGCACAUACGUUAUUGCUAAAAACUGUGGAAAAGAUAAUCUUCCAGCCUUUGAGAUCCUCGCCCAGAAUGAGAACAGAGGCAGCCUCAGGGUGUCUUAUAUCGCCCUGGUCACAGUGAAGGUGUAUGGCAUCACCAUCACAGUAGCUCGGUCUGAAACAGGUCGUGUGAGGAUUGACAACACUCUGUGGGGUUUGCCAGUGGUCUUGAACAACAACAAUCUAGUUAUGUUUCAGAGCGGUCGCUCUGUGGUCAUUGAGACUGAUUUUGGCCUGACUGUCCGUUAUGACUGGGAACAUUAUCUUGUGGUCACUCUGUCCAGCAGUUACGCUGGUAAGACUUGUGGUCUCUGUGGCAACUUCAAUGGAAACCCCAAUGAUGAUUUCACUACACCCUCCGGCACCCAGGCAGAGGGGGCUGUGGCCUUCGGGGGCAGCUGGAAGGUGCCAGGGCUGGUGAAAGAUGCUCUGUGCAGAGAUGACUGUGUGGGUGGGUGUGAGCGCUGUGAACACAACCUGUUGAAGAUGUGGGCGGGCGACUUGUUUUGUGGGCUCAUCACACGUGUAAUAAAUGGGCCAUUCAGCAAAUGUCAUGCCGUCAUUGACCCACAGGCAUACCUGGAGAACUGUAAAUAUGAUGUAUGUAUGGGAGGUGGCCUUCGCCAUUUCCUUUGCAGGGCUCUGGAGGCUUACACCGAAGCCUGCCAGCUUUCUGGGAUCCAGGUUCUAGAUUGGAGGAUGAUAGCACAAUGCCCUGCUAAGUGCCCGGCCAACAGUCACUAUGAGAUCUGUGGCAGCGCCUGCCCUGCCACUUGUUCAGAUCCUAAUGCUGCCUCCAAAUGCAAACGCCCCUGUGUGCAGACCUGCACCUGUAACGCAGGCUUUGUUUUGAGCGGAGGUCAGUGUGUGCCUGCCGCUCAGUGUGGUUGUACCUACGAGGGUCGAUACAUCCCUGCUGGGGAGUCAUUCUGGGCUGACCAGAACUGUCAACGACGGUGUAAAUGCGUUGCUGGGAGCAGACACGUGGAGUGUCAGGAUAAAGGCUGUGGGGCAGGGCAGCAGUGCCAGGUGGUUGAGGGCAUAAGAAAAUGCCAAGCAGUCUCCCACAGCACCUGUCAGGCCACAGGUGACCCCCACUAUGUCACCUUCGACAAGACGAAGUUUGAUUUCCAGGGCACGUGUGUGUACCAACUGGUUGCACUCUGCUCCAAGGACCCGGAGUUAGUACCCUUUGAAGUGCUGGUGCAGAAUGAUCACCGGGGCAGCAAGGUGGUUUCCUACACCAAGUUAGUAGAGAUCAAGGUGUACUCCCUCAGCAUUAUUAUUACAAAGACACAUAAGGGCCUGAUUAUGGUGAAUAAUGAGCUGGUCAACCUGCCCAUCACCUUGGCUGGAGGACAGGUAUCUGUAUAUAAGAGCAGCUGGUAUGCUGUUGUCACCACAAGCUUUGGCCUCAAAGUCUCUUUUAACUGGGAAAGUGCUGUGUUUGUAACAUUGCCAAGCAACUACAUGGGAGCCGUUUGCGGCCUAUGUGGCAACUACAACGGCAAACCCCAGGAUGACCUGAUUCCAAAGAAUGGUGACAAAUCCGUCUCACCAGCAGUUUUUGGUGCCAGCUGGCGAGUGGCUGAGAUCCCGGGCUGUGUCGAAGGCUGCAAGGGGGUGUGUCCUGACUGUGACAUUACCCAGAAGGUUCAGUAUGAAAAAGGAGAUUUCUGUGGUAUAUUGAGGGACCCCAGUGGGCCUUUCCGUGACUGCCAUACUAAAGUGGACCCAGCUGGCCACUUUGAGGACUGUGUUUAUGAUGUUUGCCUGUAUAAAGGCAGAAAGGAUGUGCUGUGUCAGGCGAUUACAGCAUACACAUCUGCCUGCCAGGCUGUGGGGGCCAAGGUGUACAGCUGGAGAACCAGUCAGUUCUGUGCGCUGAAAUGUCCAGUCAACAGCCACUAUGAAAUUUGUGCAACUGCCUGUCCGGCCUCUUGCCAGAAUCUGGCCCCUCCUCAAGGCUGCCAGACUCAAUGUGGGGAGGGCUGUUCCUGUGAUGAGGGGUACAUCCUCAGUGGAGAUACCUGUGUUCCCUUCUCACAAUGUGGCUGCCUCUAUAACGACCGCUACUACCGUGCCGGACAAGUGUUUUAUCCCAGUGGGCAGUGUCAGGAGGAGUGCAAAUGCACACAAAAUGGAGAGGUUGAGUGCAAGAAGUUUGCAUGUGGGCCUAAUGAGCAGUGUAAAGUAGAGAAUGGCAUCCAAAAGUGUCACCCUGUUGGGAAGGCGGUGUGCCAAGCCUCUGGUGACCCCCAUUACCGGUCUUUUGAUGGGCGACUAUUUGAUUUCCAGGGCACCUGCACCUACACACUCUCUAAGAGCUGUGGGCUGGAAGGCACCCACCUGGUGGCCUUCUCUGUUGAGGUGGAGAACGUGCAGUGGAACCAGGUGGUGAACAAAGUGGUAUCUGUCACUAAGCUGGUUGCUGUGGAGGUCUACGGCUUCACUCUCAUCAUGAAGAAGGAUAUUUUUGGAGUCCAGGUAAAUGGAGUGUUUAACAACGUUCCUCUGAAUCUUAAUGAUGGAGCUGUGCUGGUCUAUCAAGAAGGCAGGCAUUUUGUUAUUGCAACAAACUUCGGACUAGUCGUCACUUACGACCUGGUCUACCAUGUGACAGUCACAGUACCUGGAAAUUACCGUGACAAGGUCUGUGGCCUGUGUGGCAACUUCAACGGUAACCAAAAAGAUGACUUCCAAAUGCCAGACCACCAGCUCACCAACGACGUGAAUGUGUUCGGAAAAUCAUGGAAGGUCACCAUCCCUAAUGUGGUGUGCGAAAAUGGCUGUGAAGGCAAUCAUUGUCCUAAAUGUGACCCAGCUCGCAAGGCUGUGUUUUCAAAGUCCACUUACUGUGGUAUUAUUACAGCACCCAAUGGUCCUUUUGCAGUCUGCCAUAGUAAACUGGACCCACAGCCAUACUUUGACGACUGUGUGUUUGAUGUGUGUGCUUCCAACGGGGAGGGAAAGGUGCUGUGCAACAGCGUAGCAGCCUAUGCCUUCAACUGUCACUUGGCAGGAGUGGACGUCAAAAACUGGAGGACAGCUUCAUUCUGUCCCAUGAAAUGCCCAGCCAACAGUCACUAUGAAGUGUGUGCAGACCCCUGCUCUGCAUCCUGCCCAGGCCUCACAGAGAUUGUCCAGUGCUCCACCAGCUGUUCGGAGGGCUGUGGAUGUGAUGCUGGCUUCUUAUUCAAUGGACAGACGUGUGUUAAAGAGACUGCGUGUGGCUGUUAUGACAAUGGAAAAACGUACAUGCCUGGUGAGGUUGUGUACGAGGAAGACUGUAACACAAAAUGCACCUGUAAUCCAGCAACAGGCCUCAGCUGUGAAAAGCACUCCUGUCCUCAAAGCACCAAAUGCAUGGUCAAGAAAGGAAUACAGGCAUGCUACAACACAGAUCCCUGCAAAGAUGCUAACUGUCGAAUCAAGGAGACUUGCCGUCUUGAGAAUGGUGAAGCUGUGUGCAUCCCCAGCUACACAGGCAUCUGCUGGGCCUGGGGUGAUCCCCACUACCACACAUUUGAUGGUUACAACUAUAACUUCCAGGGCACCUGCAAGUAUGUCAUCUCCAAGACCUGUGGGAAUCUGGGUGGUCUAGUGCCAUUCUCAGUCACUGAGAGGAAUGAUAACCGAGGAAACACUGCAGUUUCCUACGUCAGGGAGGUAGAUGUGUCUGUAUAUGGGUACGUCAUCACCAUGGGCAAGAACCAAGUUGGUCAAGUCAUGGUGGAUGGUGAACUGCUGAAUCUUCCAGUACAACUGGGUGAUGGUGAAGUGUCGGUGUCUCACAGGGGACACACUGUAGUGGUGGAGACAAACUUUGGUCUGGUUGUCAGCUAUGACUGGAACUGGGAACUAGUCAUUAAGCUGCCCAGCAGCUACUAUGGCAGUGUCUGUGGUCUGUGUGGCAACUUCAACGGCAAUGUCCAUGAUGAGCUCCAGAAUCCAGCCGGAAAAGCUGUCUCCUCAGUAAUAGAGUGGGGCAAGAGCUGGCAAACACCUGACCAGGACAAGGACCAUCCUUGCUGGGACACCUGUGAGAAAAACUGUCCUACCUGUGACGGUAACGAGGUUAAGCUCUACGAGACUGAAGCUUUCUGUGGGGCCCUCGCUGCCAAGACCAACGGUGUGUUCCAGGGAUGUCAUGGAAAAAUGGACCCACAGGCCUUCAUGAACAACUGUGUGUAUGAUAUGUGUCUGAACAAGGGAGAUAAGAAGAUGCUGUGUCAGGCAUUGGCCUCCUACAAUACGCAGUGUCGUGAGGAAGGAAUAAUAAUCAAGGGCUGGAGGAAUAAGUUUGGCUGUCCAAUGAACUGUCAGCGUCACAGCCACUAUGAAGAGUGUGCCAGCCCAUGCCAGCCAUCCUGCCCAUUCCCUGAACAAAAGCAGACCUGCAACGGUGCCUGUGUUGAGGCCUGUGUGUGUGACGAGGGUUAUGUCCUCAGCGCUGGUGUCUGUGUUCCUUCUAAAACAUGUGGUUGCUCCUAUCAGGGCCGCUAUUACAAGCCUGGUCAGCACUUCUGGGCUGAUGAGGUUUGCGGUCGCCUAUGUGAGUGCGAUACGACCCUGGGCAUGGUGACAUGUCGCGAGGCAUCCUGCUCUGCCAACGAAAGGUGCACCAUGGAGGACGGAGAGCGCGCCUGCCGACCCAUCAGUCAUGCCACAUGCACAGCCUCGGGUGACCCACACUACCGCACUUUUGAUGGCCACAGGUAUGACUUCCAGGGAACAUGUGUAUAUCAGCUGGUGGGACUGUGCUCUCAGCAGCCUGGGCUAGUGCCGUUCAAGGUGACUGUGCAGAAUGACCACCGGGGAAGCAAGGCUGUGUCCUACACAAGGACUGUCACGUUUACCAUAUAUGGAAUCACGCUCACCAUCAGUAGAGAAUAUCCCUACAAGGUCCUGCUCAAUGGGCAGCUUGCUUUGUUGCCGCUGGAUUACAAUAAUGAGCUGGUUGUGUUUGUCAGCGGCUGGACAGCUGUUGUGGAGACAGUUGCGGGCAUCACCGUAACCUUUGACUGGCGAAGUACGGUGAGCGUUAAUCUGCCCAGCAACUACCAGGGUGCAGUCUGCGGUCUGUGUGGCAACUACAAUGGAAAUGCUAAGGAUGACCUGACCAUGCAGAAUGGCCAGAUUGCCCCUGAUGGAGCCAAGCUGGGGGAGAGCUGGCAGGUGGCCCUCGUGCCAGGCUGCUCGUCAGUCUGCCAGGGGGCGUGGUGCCAGGCUUGUUCAGACUCCCAGAAGAAAGUUUACCAAGCUCAGAAGUACUGUGGUAUCAUUGCUGACAAAGCAGGACCUUUCAGAGAUUGUCACAGCCGUGUGGACCCUGCUCCUUACCUGGAGGACUGUGUGUAUGAUGCCUGUCAUUAUCAUGGACACCAUGGUUCAGUCUGUGAUGCAGUGGGCGUGUAUGUCUCUGCCUGUCAGAGCCUUGGAAUCACCAUCCACUCCUGGAGAACAGACACCUUCUGCCCAAUGGUGUGUCCAGCUAACAGCCAUUAUACCCUGUGUGCCACGGGUUGCCCAACCACCUGUGCCAGCUUAACCUCCCAUGCCACCUGUCACAGGCAUUGCACAGAAGCCUGCGAGUGUGAUGAAGGCUACCUGUUGAGUGGUGCUACCUGUGUGCCCGUGAGAGACUGUGGCUGCUCAUACAGUGGUCACUACUACAGCAAAGGAGACGUCUUCUACCCUGAAACCGAGUGUGUGGAACAGUGCAUCUGUGGAGAGAACGGUGCUGUAUCUUGCCAGAAGGCCAAGUGCCGUCCAGGGGAGAUCUGUAAGCUUGUAAAUGGAGUGAAAGGCUGCCACCCUGAGGGGCAAGGCAAGUGUGUCGCUUCUGGUGACCCUCAUUACAUUUCCUUUGAUGGACAGAGAUUUGAUUUCCAGGGUACCUGUGUCUAUGUAUUGGCCAAGGUUUGUAAUGAUGACAAUGGCCUGCUGACGCCAUUCACUGUAACUCAGGGGAAUGAGAAGUAUGGAAAUGGAAAAGUGGCUGUUACCAAGUCGGUUGCGGUGUCGGUCUACGGGUUUGUCGUUUACAUCCAGCAGGGAAUGCCAUGGAAAGUCAUUGUUGAUGAUGAACUUCAGAAUCUUCCUCUCUCCCUGGACAACGGGCGUCUCAGAGUCACCCAGGAAGGUCGCAACGUAAUUGUUCGAACAGACUUUGGACUGACGGUCCUCUAUGACACUGUCUAUUAUGUUGAAGUGAUCGUGCCCUCUACAUACCAGGGUAAGAUGUGCGGUCUUUGCGGCAACUACAACAAGAACGGUGAUGACGACUUCAUACUUCCUGAUGGCAAACAAACAAACAAAGUUGAUGAGUUUGGGAAGGCGUGGGUGGUGGACCUGCCUGAGUAUGUGUGUGGCGGCUGUGGAGGCCAGUGCCCAGUGUGCGAGCAGGCCAAGGCUACAUUGUACGGGAAACCGGACUUGUGUGGUAUCAUAAGCUCGCCUAAUGGGCCUUUCAAAGCCUGCCACAGUAAAAUUGACCCAGCAGCAUACAUAUCUCAUUGCGUGUUUGAUGUGUGUGCUGUGGAUGGCAACAAAGACACCCUGUGUAACAGCGUGCAGGCGUAUGCUCUGGCCUGCCAAAGUGCAGGAGUUAAGAUCCAGCCAUGGAGGAGCAGCUCCUUCUGCCCUGCUUCCUGCCCUCCACACAGUCACUACGAGAUGUGUGCCGACACCUGUGGUGGGACCUGUGCCAGCUUUAUUUACCCAUUUUCCUGUUCUGAAAGCUGUUUUGAAGGAUGCCAAUGUGACGACGGCUUUGUUUUUGAUGGCAUCCAAUGCGUUCCCUUGGACAACUGUGGGUGUGUGUACGACGGCAAAUAUCUGACGGUGGGACAAGCAGUGGUGGACAAAGACUGUAAGUCCAAGUGUGUGUGCCAGGCCUCUGGUCUGGUGAAGUGUGAAAAGAUGUCAUGUGCCAGUGAGCAGGUUUGCAGUGUAAAAGACGGGGUCAGAGGUUGCCACAUCAAACAAGGCCAGUGCAUCAUUAGCCAGGCUGGCCACCUCAGCUCCUUUGAUGGCAUGUCUGGACCUGUAGGAGCUCAAGGUGCAUUUGAAGUGGCAACUCUGUGUGAUGAGACAUCUGAGCUGUGGUUCCGUGUGGUUGUGGACGUCAGGGUCUGCAGUAAAGGGGCGUCUCCCUCUGUUGCCACUGUGUAUGUGUUCUUCAAGGAAACCAUUGUCACCGUGAACAGCCAGCGUGUGACCUGGGUAAAUGGCAGGAAAGUGUCUCUUCCCAGCAAAGUGACGAGCGAACUAUCUGUCAAAAUCUCAGAAAGAACCGUGAUCAUCGAGAGGGCAUCUGCUGUGCAGGUCACCUACUCAAUUUCACAGGAGGUCACGGUCAUUAUUGACAGCACCCUGUCCGGUAAAAUGUGCGGCGCCUGUGGCAACUACAAUAACAACUCAAAAGAUGAUAUGACGAGUGCAGAUGGGAAAAUUGCCACUGAUGUGUCUGUGGUUGUCAGCUCCUGGAGCGCUGGGGACUUUUCUAGAUGCGGCCUGUAGAGGUGUUGGCUCUGCCAUGAUAGAGAGCAUCUGUUAUAGGAUGAAGAAGAAUGUGAAGUGAAUCGGCUAAAGUUGCUUGUUUACAUCCAGUCUUUCUCAUCAUGCUUCUCCACUUCCUCUUGAUUCAUGAAAUGGUUUUCGGUUCGUUGGCUGGGGGUCUGGUCGUCUAUUGUUCAUUUUGGAGUUGGAGAAAAAUCUCUCUCAUUCUUGACUAACAUCUCCAUCUAGUGGAGAAGGAAAUUCUAGCAUCUCUUUUCUACAUAACUUCAGCCCAGGGAGAGGAGCAGUCAGAACUCUUAUUAUUUUUGCCUAGUUUUAAAAAUGUGUAUGUUUUACAAAAUGUGUUGUUCUUACUCUUCUGGCCAAUAAACAUUUUUCCAUUUCA